AUGCUCAUGGAUGCUGUUACAGAUCUUCUUCCUGCUUUUUCCAAGGCCAUAGGUUCCGACUUUGCACCUUUCUUUGAACCUCUGUUUGAUCCAAUAGUGGAUUUCUUGGUGAGGGUCUGCUGCCACCGCAUGAUGCCCCACAUCAUCUUCGAAAGCAUGAAUGGGCUCCAUACAGAGAAGAAUGUGGUGAUUGAUGAAGCAGUUGAGCCUAGAAGAAGAGUUUCUGUAGCCAUGGGAACCAAUCGACAACUGGAUGGUAUAAAUAUGAAUAUUAUUAAAUCCAGUCCUUUCAUGCAAUGUGUAAUUGUGUAUACGUUAGGCUUAGAGAAAUGGUUGCAAGAGAUGAGUUCAGAAGAAAAAGAAACAAGGCUGCAACUAUAA